AUGUUUGUCAGAAUAUAUGGACCUUCAAGAGCCCCAGCAAAGCUGGCAAAGUGCAUCGGUGAUGCCGAAGAGAAGUAUGAACGUUUACUGAAGACUCUGGAGCCUCACUUAUCAAAAAGUUACCAGAGAAGAUGCGAAGAGGCAACAAGAGAAGGCGGGAAGCUAAUCGGAAACCCUCUGGGAUCAUGGACCAUACCGCGCGUAAUUGCAGACGAAGAAUCAUUCAGAGCCAUGUGUUCAAACCCUUAA